AUGGUCGAGGCGUACCUCGGGGAGGAUGCCAAAGUCGAUUCCUCAAGCAGCUCAAAAUCUGACGGUGAGGAGGAAGAAACGACUCCCCCUGCCCAGUCGUUGAGUGCCCGAGAGGAUGACGGCGGGCCGACACCGCCCAAGGCCGAUCUUCCAACUCCUUGA